CAUUUCCUUGUUGAUUUUCUCCGAGAGAUUCCUUCCACCCUCUCGUGUCCAGCGCUGAUGCCUUUUGCUUGUUGGACAGUCUCUGAUUGCGUAAUGCAGCCCAGGGAUCGAUCUCCUCCUUUCUGCCUCACGCGCAUCCAAAUUACUGCGCAAGAUGCAAUCAACUGUCGCACGCGUUGUAACACGCGCGCUUAAGUGGCAUGAGAGCUGACUGCGGUAAACCUGUCACGGGAUUCCUUCCUCUGUUCUUCGGGCACCUGGGGCUCACGUGCACAUAAGAAAGAACCAAUACUAUCGGCAUUAGUUGACCGUCUUGGCUCCACCGUUACAGGGAGAUCCCAACGGUCUGCAACGCUGCAUCUUAAGUUAUUGAACAGACUUUCUCAACCCACACAUCUGAAUAGGGGGUGAACGGAAGUUUCUCCACUAAACUAUUGUUGAGAAGGCCCCUGGGAGCUGAGUGAAGUCUUCCUCCUCUCCGUCCACCUCCUCUUCCUCACCUGGCUUCCUCCCCUCGGCCGGGAGGCCUGCUGCCAUGCGGCUGUGUGUAUGACCCACUGGGCCCGCGCCCGUGACUCUGUCCAAAUUGAAGCUGGGGAAGCUAAAGGUGGUGCGGCGGCAGCUGCUGCAGCGCUAUGAACACCAACCCUUCGUCUCCUGCCUGGCCGGCCUCUACGGCUGCCAAUGGAGGCGCUACCAGCGGGCACGAGCCCAGCCUGGGGAGUGCUGCUGCAGCAGGUUGGAGUGUGGCAGCUUCGGCAUGCUCAUUGUGACGUUCUUCCUGUCCUUGGUUUUCCUGUACUUCUGGAGUGAGGCUCAGAAUGACUAUGAUGAUUUUGAUUGGUUUAACUUUGGGAACCUGGGCUUCUGGUUCCCCUGGUCAGUUGUGCUGCUGGUGGUGGCUGCAGCCCUCUUCACCUACAUCGCCAUCCUGCUGCUCCUGGCAGUGUGCCUGCUCUCCGAGGGACAGAGGCUCUACCUGCACUGGAGCCACAAGAUUGGCAUCCUGGUGACCCUCACCUUCUCCAUCAGCGCCACGGCAGUGCUGUCUGACCUGUGGAGCCGGCAGUGGAGGACGCUCCUGCUCUCUCUGCAGGUGACGGCCCCUUUCCUCCAUCUGGGUGGGGUGUCUCUCAUGACGCUGCUGUCGUGGCCGGUGGCCCUGCACUUCUUCCGCAUGAAUAAAAGAGUGCGGCAGGUAGCUAUCCUGGGGCUUUAUCUGGCAGUCCUGUUUGCCUUAUACCUGGUGCCCCUGGGCAUGCACUCUCCCUGCAUUAAAGAGGAGGGCACCCUGGGCCCAGCACCAGCUCUCAUCGGACACAGAGGAGCUCCCAUGCUUGCACCAGAAAACACGCAGCUGUCCUUUGAGAAGGCAGUGGAGGCGGGGGGAGAUGGCCUGGAGACUGACGUCACCAUCAGCUAUGAUGGCGUGCCUUUCCUCAUGCAUGACCGGACCCUACGGCGGACCACCAACGUCCGUGAGGUCUUCCCCAACCGCACAGACAUGCCGGCAGACAUGUUCACCUGGGCGGAACUGGAAAUGCUGGAUGCUGGUUCCUGGUUCCUACAGCGGGACCCAUUUGGUACCGCCUGGUCCCUGAGCCCGGAGGAGCAGGAGCUGACGCAGAACCAGACGGUCCCCUCGCUGAUAGAGUUCCUGAACCUGGCGGCGCGCCACGGGAGCCUGGUGAUCUUCGACCUGCACAGGCCACCGAGGGGCCACCCGUAUCGGGACACGUGGAUCACACGCACCCUGGAGGUUCUGCACAAUGAGUCCUACAUCAACUCUAGCCAGGUGCUGUGGCUGCCGUCGGAGCAGCGGGUGCUGGUGCAGGAGCUGGACCCCGAGCUGCAGCAGACCUCGGGCAGCCGCGGCUCCAUUGAGGAGCUGCAGCAGGACCACAUCGUCCGGCUCAACCUCCACUACAGCUCCAUGUCUCAGGAGCAGAUCAGUAAGUACGCGACGGUGAACAUCUCCACCAACCUGUAUGUGGUCAGUCAGCCGUGGCUCUACUCCCUGGCCUGGUGCGCUGGCGUCCACUCGGUCACCACCAACGCCAUGCACAUACUGAAGAACCUGCAGCGGCCACUCUUCCUCAUGACUCCAGAGCAGUACAGCCUGAUGUGGAUGUUAACGGAUGCUGUGUCUGUUGUCUUCAUCAUUCUGGUCUUUGCUUUCCAUUGGUGGCGAGAGAGAUGUUUGCCUUUCUGGUCAGGCAGCAGGCAGGUACACGAGAAUGGACCCUACAGCAAAUUCCGGACAGAUCAGUCGGAUGUCCUGGGGAUUCGCUGGAACCCCAUCUUGUCCGAGCGGACGGCCCCCGUGCUGGUCUCCCUGCCCAUGGACCCCACCCUGUCUCUGCAUACCCCCUCCGUGCCCAGGCAUGGCUACCCUGUGCUUGUGUGACCCCUCUCAUCCCCACCUCACUCACCCUCAUCACGGCCCCUCCGUCACACUCCUUCACCCACUCACCUCUGUUGAGCCCGUGUGUGUGUGUGUGUUUGAGCCGCUCUGUAACCUCUUCCUCCCCCCCCUCUGUCCAGCGGAACUGAGCGACGUGUGGUCCGUGUCCAGCAUGAGCGUGCGUGGCGAGGCCCACAUCCUGCCCAACACGCCCAAUCUGCCCACCAUCCCCGAGGAGCCCCUCGUCUGAGAGAGGGGGAGAGAGAGCAGGGGGAGAACGAGAGAGAAAGAGAAAGAGGGGGAAGCUUGAUGGUGAGAGGAGAGGAGCAAUCAUUUACUGAGCUCUUUCUCUCUCUCUUGAUCUCUGCCGUUCCUCUAACUCUGCAUCCUCUCAAAGAAUGGACUUUGUGUGCGGAACUCCUUGUGUACAAAUAUCGAUGCAUUUGAGAUGAGACUGAGGAGAAGCUGGAGAGAUCCAUGUCUGUACACUUGGCCUGGCCAAUGACAAGAGACUGAUGCUGAAAGCCUGAAUGAACUCUCUGAGAGAAAUAAAUGAUCUUUGGUAUCAUCUCUAUGUAAAGAGCAGGUUAAUCUAGUGAAUCUGUCACAGUGCCCCCAGUGGACAGAUCUGGUAUCAUGCUGCGAUAGAGUUCUGUGAUAUACAGUAUGUCUGUGAGAGAGAAAACAGGAGGAAUGUAGUGGACUCAGUCUUAAAGCAAAAGUAUAUAUUUUUCCUAAAUGUAUAAAACAUCAGCAAAUAUGUAUGCCAGUUAUAUUUUACAUGUGGCUGAAUGAAUAGAAACAUUACUGUUUCAGUGGAGACCAGGUUUUACAAGAAAAGGAUUUUAUCAGUGAUGACUUUAUGACUCAUUUAUUGUGAAUGUACUUUAUCAAGUGCUGCCAUUUCAAGCAUGCAAGCUAAUGCAAGUGCAACAUCCAGAGGCUUCUGCUGCUUUGAUUGUAUUCUAUCUGUCACCUGAGAGCAUUUACGGUGGCCAAAACUCAAAGGGUAUGGACACUUUUUAUGUUUUGGCCUUUUGGUGAGGGAACUGCAGUACAAGUGCCAUAAAGAGAAAUGCUGAGGAAAAACCUGAGCCCCACAUGAGAUGAAAGAACUCAUGUUGGGUGUGCUUUCUAGAAUGUUCCGAAUUGCUCUGCAACGUUUCCUGGUACAAUCUGUAGAAUGGAACACAAGAGUGCUGCACCAAGGCUCUUCAGUGGAGGUCUGUUAGGGUCCAAAUCACAACAUACAUGUCCCAAACUCAACAUUGCUCUCAGUGUUCUUCAAGCCAGCAAUGCUUCAGCAACAAUCUACCAGACUGAUGAAGCAGUGAAUUAUUAAUGAACAGGACAAUCAGGACAAUAUCUGAUGGAAAGGAACUUAGAAUGGCCACAUAACAGGACUACAGAAAAUAAGGCAUUACAAUGUUUAGAUGGUCCCACCUUGACUGUCACUGAAAUCGAGGUGAUACCCACAAUUGGGUCUCACUUGCAAUUUUGUGUUUAUUUCUCUGUGAUGUCUGCAGUACUAUGAAGUGUACCUGCAGAGAGAAGCAUUUUUUCUCUGGUCUUUGACAAAGUGACUGCUCUGUUGUUCACCAAGAGAGGAAACAAUAACCAAGGGGUGUGUGUAUACAUGUGUAUGUGUGUGUGGGAGAGAGAAAGAGAGAGAGAAUGUGUGUGUAGUUCAGAUUCCAGCUGAGUGCUUGUGAAGCAACAGGAAUAUCUCCUCUGCACCUGAGGCACUUUCUCAUGUAAGCUGCUAAAUACACAAAAUGAAUUUGAUACAUUGUGUUGUAAGUGUCAUUACUGUAUGCCCUGAUCCAUACUGCCAUCUUCUCCAGCAAACCUAAAGAUUCUGUAGCAUUGUUGACAGUACAAAAUGUAUUGGCCAUACUGAUUUUAUUUAUUUAAUCUGUCUUUAUGUUGUUUUACUGUACUGUUUUAUGACUAUAAAUGUUAUGUAAAUGUUUCAAAAAAGACUUUCUCUAAAGCAA